AUGAGUUCCAUUAGCAUUUCCGAAAAUCAAAUUAGUGGCCCGAUCCCUACUUCUUUAUAUAAUCUGCGUAAGCUAAAACUUCUUUACCUAUAUCAAAAUCAACUUUCGGGUGUCAUUUCUCAAGAAAUCGGGAAGCUAACGUCUCUUGUCGAUUUUCAGUUGAGUUCAAACAAUCUAGUUGGUCCAAUCCCCACUUCUAUAGGAAACCUUAGCAACCUAAAUAUUUUAUACUUGAAUGAAAACCAACUUUGUGGCACUAUUCCUCAAGAAGUCGGGAGACUGAGGUUUCUAACUGAAUUUGCUUUGUACAAAAACAAUCUCACUGGCCCAAUCCCUACUUCUAUAGGAAACCUUACUAACCUAAAUAUUCUAUACUUUUAUGAUAAUCACCUGUCUGGUAGCAUUCCUCAUGAAAUAGGAAGGCUAAGAUAUCUUACUGCCUUAGGGUUGACAAUAAACAAUCUCACAGGUCUAAUUCCUUCUUCAAUAUGUAACCUUGGCAACCUAAAAGUUUUGGAUCUUUCUGAAAAUAAACUGUCGGGUAAUAUUCCACUAGAGAUAGGAAGGCUGAGAUCUCUUACGAACAUUCAGUUGUACAAAAACAAUCUCAAUGGCCCACUUCCUGUUUCUAUAUGCAAUUUGAACAAUCUAAGAAAUCUCAGUAUUUACGAAAAUCAUUUAUCUGGUACCAUUCCUCGAGAUAUCGGAAGAUUACAGUCCCUUGCUGCAUUACAUUUACAAACAAACAAUUUCUCUGGUCCAAUCCCUAUUUCUUUAUGUAAUUUGAGAAACUUAGACAUUCUGCGUCUUUAUGAAAAUCAACUCUUUGGUCCAAUUCCUCGGGAAAUAGGAAUGCUUAGAUCUCUUACUGACUUAGAGUUGUCCACAAACAAUCUCGAUGGUUCAAUUCCUACUUCUUUAUGUAAUUUAAGCAACCUAAAUACCUUGUACCUUUUUGAAAAUCAACUUUCCGGUUCAAUUCCAGAAGAAAUCGGGAAACUAAAUUCUCUCAUGGACCUUGAAUUGUCGACAAACUAUCUGACUGGUCCAAUCCCUUCUUCUAUAGGCAAUCUUAGCAAACUCAACACUUUGUAUCUCGAGGAAAAUCAACUGUCUGGCAUUAUUCCUGUUGAUAUUACAAGGCUAAGCUCCCUUUCUGACUUUCGAAUACAGGAAAACAAUCUUGUUGGUCAGAUCCCUGCUUAUUUAUGUAAUUCGACAGUUGGAAUGUUACAAAAACUCAAUCUAUAUAAUAAUCAUCUUUCCGGACCAAUACCCAAAACACUAGGAGAAUGUUCAAACUUAAUCGAACUGGAUUUGAGUACAAACAAUUUGAAUGGAAGCAUUCCACUUGAGAUUGGAGGCUUGAUUUCAAUACAGAUCAAACUGGAUCUCAGUCAAAAUGAGUUGAGUGGAGAAAUACCGUCAGAUAUUGGAAAAUUACACAAACUGGAGAAACUGAAUCUGUCCCACAACAAACUUUCGGGUUCAAUCCCACCUUCAUUUGUUGGAAUGCUUAGCUUGACAACUGUCGAUAUCUCAUACAAUGAGUUGAGUGGUCCUAUUCCAAACAUCAAGGCCUUUAAGGAUGCUCCCUUUGAUGCGUUGAAGAACAACAAUGGUUUAUGUGGUAAUCACUCUGGAGGUAUUAAGCCAUGUAACUCGUCAGUUAUCAUCGGAAGAAAGAAAGCCAAACCAAGACUUGCUGUGAUAAUUUUAUUUCCUCUGUUUGGUUCGUUGUUUCUUUUGUUCACAUUUUUUGCUAUCUAUUUUUGCUUGCGAAAAAGACUAGUUGUAAAAAAUCUCGAGCAGGCAGAUCAACCAACAACUGUAAACACAAGAAGAAACAUAUUCUCGGUAGAGAAUUAUGAUGGGAAGCUGGUGUUUGAAGAAAUAAUUGAAGCAACAGAAAACUUUGAUACCAAAUAUUGCAUUGGGGCGGGAGGAUAUGGGAGCGUCUACAAAGCAGAGCUAUCGACGGGUCAAGUUGUUGCUGUGAAGAAGCUUCACUCGUCAGAUGAAGAUCCCAACAUAAUUGAUCUUAAAUCUUUCGAAAGGGAAGUUCAAGCAUUGACCGAAAUACGGCAUAAAAACAUUGUAAAGCUCUUUGGUUUCUGCUCUAGCAUAGAGCGACAAAUCUCGUUCUUGAUUUAUGAGUUUGUAGAGCGGGGGAGUUUGAAAAAGAUUUUAUGCGAUGCGGAACAGGCGGUAGAGUUCGAUUGGAUAAAGAGGCUAAGAUUCAUCAAGGGAACAGCUGAUGCACUUGCUUACAUGCACCAUGAUUGCAUUCCAGCAAUUGUUCAUAGGGACAUAUCUAGCAACAAUGUCUUGUUGGAUUUGGAAUAUGAAGCGCGUGUUUCUGAUUUUGGUACUGCUAGGAUGUUGAAGCCAGAUUCAUCUAACUGGACAUCACUUGCAGGAACAUAUGGAUAUAUUGCUCCAGAACUUGCAUACACAAUGAAGGUAACCCAGAAGUGUGAUGUUUAUAGCUUUGGAGUACUUGUGAUAGAAGUACUACACGGUAGAAACCCAUCUGAUAUUAUCACAUUACUCUCUCCUGACCUCCUUCACGCGUCUUCUUCAACUUCGACUCUCCCGGUGAAAAAUAUAAUGUUGAAAGACAUCUUAGACGAGUGCCUUGAAGCACCAACGGAUAUUGUGAAGAAAGAGCUUAUGUACUUUGUGAAGGUUGCACUCUCGUGCUUACGUGGUGAUCCACACACUCGUCCAACAAUGCAAGAAGUAUCCGUGGAGUUAUCACGAUCAGCUCAGAUCAGGCCAUCUUUUGGGAAGCCCUUUGAAACUGUUACAUUGGGUGACCUACUGAUGGGGGGUUCGCAAGAAUGAUGUGCAUCUAUAUUGUUUCACUUGUUCUUUCUUUAAUUAUACAGUUACGAUACUGUU